ACAAUUUAACUACUAUUGUCACCGAAUCCUUCUUGGUCGUUAUCUUAUUCGCACUUUUAUUAUUUUAUUGUGCUGCUUACGUGCGCCACAUCAAGAAGAAAUUAGUUCCUAAAACAAACAUGAGACUUUUCGGUUGUGUUGCUUUGGUACUAUUACUUUCAAUAUUUACUGCCUAUGGCUUUCCGUCUAAACAAACCGAAUUGAUCGAAUUGUCCGUCAUUCACAUAAAUGAUUUUCAUGCAAGAUAUGAGGAAACAAACCUCGAUUCCGGGUUAUGUAAAACCUCAAACUGUAUUGGUGGAUUCUCGCGACUUUUUGCAAGUGUUAUGAAAAUUAUCGAGGAAAAACCUCACUCGAUUUUACUCAAUGCGGGCGAUAAUUUCGAGGGUACUUUAUGGUACGAUGUUCACAAAUGGAACGUUACUCAGUACUUUUUCAAUAAGCUACCAACAGACGCAUUUACUUUGGGUAACCACGAGUUUGAAGAUAAAAUCGCAGGUUUAGUACCGUUUUUGGAGCAACUCAAAGCCCCAGUUGUUGUGUCAAAUAUUGAUGCAACUCGGGAACCAUCAAUUCAGAAUUUGUUCAACAAAAGUGUAGUGAUAGAAAGACACGGGUUGAAAAUUGGCAUAAUUGGAGUCAUUUUAUCCACAAUCAAUGAAAUUGCAGACAUUGGUAAUUUAAUUUUACUAAAAGAGUCUGAAUCGGUAAAUACGGAGGCCGAAAGAUUAGUUAGGGAAGAAGGAGUGUUUACGAAUAUUGUUUUAUCACACUGUGGCUACGACGUUGAAAAGGCAAUCGCAGCAAACGCAACUUCAAAAAUUUCGCUGGUUGUGGGAGGCCACACUCAUAGUUUUCUCUACACUGGAGAACCCGUACCUGGAACCGACAUACCAGUGGGUCCAUACCCCACAAUCGUCCAAAACAAAGAAGGGAAAAAAGUUCUAGUAGUCCAAGCCUCGUCUUAUACCAAAUAUCUCGGAAAUAUUAGCCUUUUUUAUAAUAACUUUGGCGAAGUCGUGAAUUGGACCGGUGCUCCUGUCUUCAUGGACAGUAAACUACCUCAAGAUAAAGAAGUGAAUGAGGAACUACAACCUUGGAAGAAACAAGUCGAUGCAAAUGAAGGUAAUAGAAUUAUUGGUCAAACAAUGGUUCGCUUGGAACAAAGUUCGUGUCCCAUGGCCGAAUGUCUUAUGGGGAAUUUCAUAACAGAUGCAAUGGUUUUUGGGUAUUUAGACCAUCCAGAACCUGGCACUUGGACAAAUGCAUCAAUUGCGAUGAUGCAUGCUGGAGGUUUAAGAUCAGGGAUUGAUAUUGGGAGUAUAACUUACUACGAAGCUACAAGCAUAGCACCCUUUAACAACACCAUCGAUAUUGGUGAAAUCCAAGGAAAACACCUGAAGGAAAUCUUCGAAUCUUCCACCAGUGACGAUGGUAUCACACUUCUGCAAGUGGCUGGCCUUAAAAUCGUAUACAACCUAACAAUGCCCGAAGGUUCGCGAGUGACGUUCCUCCAAGUCCGUUGUCGAAAAUGCACAGUUCCAGUUUAUGAGGAUUUAAAAGACGAAGAAAUGUAUAGAGUUGUCUUACCAUCGUUUUUAGCCGAAGGUGGUUUCGGGUUCACUUUGUUCAAAAAGUACUUCAAAAAUCGGCAAAUAGGAGGACGAGAUAGAGAUUUGUUUGUGAGAUACGUCGAGAGUAAAUCCCCCAUCUUCCAAGAGAUUGAAGGACGAAUUACGAUUAAGCGAUAGGGGAUUCUGAUUCGCUCAAAUUAUCGUUUAGUUUGUUUGAAGUGUUGUGUUGUUAAUUACUCAAUAAAAUUCGCAAUGCAAACGUU